UUCCACUUCAUAGAAUCUUUAUUUUGGAAGGGGGGGAGGGAUGGUACUGCAAGGGGCAUGUGUUUUAGAUUUCCACACCUAGCCAGAUGCUAAAAGCUCUCAAUCUUCACCUAUUUAUGUUGCUUCUUGCCACUUGAUUUGAAGUUUGAACUGUAAAUUUAAUGUUGGUUUUGCAGGGAUAUAUUCUAACUUCAGAAAUUGAUGGGACAAUUCAGAUGAAAAGUUACCUUAUCGGUCAUCAUGGAAUUAAAUUGGCUUUAAAUGAGGAUAUAACGAUUGGAAGAGGAGAAAGUUCAGUAUAUGGUUAUAGUUCUACUAGUUCUGGUACAAUAAUACUUGAUGACUGUGAUUUCCAUGAAUCUGUGCACCUUGAUAACUUUGAUUCAGACAGAACUUUGAGCCUGGUACCUUCAGAUGGUGAAUGCUCAGUAAUGAAUUAUCGCAUGACACAUGAGUUCAAACCUCCUUUUCGUAUUAAAGCUCUAAUUGAAGAAGCUAGAGCCCUACAAGCUGAAGUAAUCAUCAAAUUACGUGUUGAGUUUCCAUCUAGUGCCACUGCGAAUACUAUUCUAGUUCAAAUACCUCUGCCAAGUUCUACCUCAAGGUAG